CUCUCUUUCUCCAGCAGUGAGUGGCUGCGCGCGGGGAUAGGGAUGUGUGUGUGGGUUAUGGCGCUGGGGUGAAGUUGUUGGGCAUGGACGCGGCCAGGAAGCAGGAUAUUCUCGCUGCUGCUCUUGUUUAGCUAACUAAGCUUCCCAGGUCAACAGCGGAACAGGAAAAAGCCCACUUGUGAAUGGAGAGCGGGAGAGCUUUAGUUUUAACGCUAGUUUAAACGGGAAACGACCGCGGAGCAGUGAAAGACUUGGAACAGCCUGACAAGCUAACUAACCUAGAGUUAACUACUUUUGAGAGGAGGCUGAUUUUCAAAGCCGUUAGAAAGUUGAGCUGGACCCGGAGAGACGAUAUGGAGCGGUGGGGCUGAACUGGAGUUUCCCACGUCGACUCUCUCCCUCUCUCUCUGUUUCAUUCUUUCUGAGCUCCUUUUCUGCGUGUUUGUGUUUUUGUUGACGUGCUGACUGACUGAAAAAGCAGCAGACAUGCCGGCGAAAACCAAGUACAAUUUAGUGGACGAUGGGCACGACCUGCGGAUUCCUUUGCAUAACGAGGAAGCCUUCCAACAUGGCAUUAAUUUCGAGGCAAAGUAUAUUGGUAGUCUGGAUGUGGCGCGACCCAACAGCCGUGUGGAAAUAGUUGCAGCCAUGAGAAGGAUACGGUAUGAAUUUAAGGUAAAGAACAUCAAAAAGAAAAAGGUUAACAUCAUGGUGUCUGUGGACGGGGUCAAAGUUGUGCUGCGUAAAAAGAAAAAGGUUAGAAGGUCAAGGUGGGGUCUAGAAGAGCAAGACAACUUUCAGAAACAACUGGUACCGAAAAAAGAAUGGACUUGGGAUGAGAGCAAGAUGAUGGUAAUGCAAGAUCCCAUUUACAGGAUAUUCUACGUAUCCCACGACUCCCAAGAUUUGAAAAUCUUCAGUUAUAUAGCCAGAGAUGGGCAGAGCAACGUGUUCCGAUGCAACGUCUUCAAAUCCAAGAAGAAGAGCCAGGCCAUGCGGAUUGUGCGGACAGUGGGUCAGGCGUUCGAGGUUUGCCACAAGCUUAGCCUGCAGCACACCCAGCAGAAUGCAGAUGGCCAGGAGGAUGGAGACAGCCAGAAGACCUGCACAGACUCCGGAGUACAAGAUCGUGAGCUGACCGGGGCUGAAAAGACGGCGGCGGAGGAGACGGACAUUGACGCCGAGGAGCUGCCUCUGCCUGACAGCACUGUGGAUGAAUUCAGCCGUGGGGUGACUGACCUGGAUGCUGCCAAAAAGGAGGAUGAUGUCACUAUAGACAAAAACCUCUCUGAAGAUGCGUCCAUCCUGCUGGCUUCUCCUAAAAUGCUGCUUCCCUCGGGCAGUCAGCUCCCAGCCGGAACACCACUGUCCUCCCACCACCAGCUCCAGCUUAUGCAGCAGCAGCUCACUCAACAGCAGCAGCAGACCCACGUGGCUGUAGCUCAGGUUCACCUACUGAAAGACCAGCUCUCAGCAGAAGCAGCAGCCAGAAUUGAGGCACAGGCACGUGUCCACCAGCUUCUGCUGCAGAAUAAGGAUCUUCUCCAGCACAUCUCCCUGCUGGUCAAGCAGGUCCAGGAGCUGGAGCUAAAGAUGGCUGGUCACGGCUCCAUGGGAUCUCAGGAUAGUCUGUUGGAGAUCACGUUCCGCGCGAACGUCCCCCCAGUCAUCUGCGAUCCCACAACCCCGCGGCCUGAGGACUCCAUCUUCCCACCAUUGAAUGACGGAACUCAGCUCUCGCUGCCGCUGGGCAGUCCUUUAGUUGACCAAAGCAUGUUUGAGAAUUCCAAUGCAGCCGAGCAGCAGAAGCAGAGUCUGAGGAUGGCCGGAGUCGUUUCCUCCAGCCCUGCCGGACAAAAGAGUGGAGGCAGUAGCAGCCAGCACCUGAAAAACCUGGGCAAGGCCGUCGGAGCUAAGGUCAAUGACCUGCUGCGCCGCAAAGACCCCAGCAGCCUGGGGGACAUCGGGGUCACAGAGGUUAACAAGAACGUGGAGGCAGUGUGGGCCAGCCUGACCGAGAUGGGCCUUGGCACAACCGCUAACAGUCACAUGUCUUUGGACUCCUUCCCGCGCCUGGAUCCUCCACCUCCCACCAGCAAGAAGCGGCUUCCUCGAGCUUUAAAGACCACUCAGGACAUGAUGAUCUCAUCUGACCCAGUGGUAGCCUCCCCAGAGGUCUCCGACUCCUCCCUCCUGUCCUCCCCAGAUAAGAGCUGCCUCAUAUCAUCAAGCAAGGCCCAGGAUCAAUUCCAGCCCUGCCUCGAAGAGCCAGGCCUGGAGCCAGAGACACCUUCAGCAGCCAGCACGCCUCUGGAGAUCCAGAUAAAGGAGGAGAGUGGAUCAGCAGAGGUGAAAGGGCAGUGUGGCAGUACAGAUGCUGUGCAGAUGGCAGACGGGCUGAAGGAGCUUGACGCUGCGAAGGAAGACCAGUCUCAGGUGCUGCGCUCCGUUCCUGACCUCAUUCACAAGGAUAACCUGGAGCUGAAACAAAAACUGAACAGUAUGGAGUCGAGAAUGGCCUCCACACCUUGCCCGGGGAAAGGAGGCUGUCGCAUCAGCCUGAGCGAGGGGGAGCUCCUGGAAAACGGUUCAGUGGACUAUAAAAGCUCCAGGAGAAGCUCCAACAUGGAGAACGAGGAACCACACCCAGACCUGCUUUCAUUUGAGUAGUAGUAAGUCUUAUCAUGCUGAGGACAGCACCAGCAUCAUCAGUGGAAAGUCAUUCUCAAGCAACCCCCAACUGAGGUUAUUCUGAGGUGCUGGUGCUGAUGGUGCACAAUUCUACAGGUUUCCAUAUGUGUUCUAUGAGGGAACCAAGCAACAUGCUACAUGGCUUUGUCUUUCUAAUAUUUCUAUGAACCAGUCUAUAUUUCCUGUGUAUGCACUAUAACAUCUUUAUUAUGCUUUAUAGCUUAUCUCUACUACAGAUGUAUUUUUAAAUUAUAUUUUACAGAUCUAAUUUCUUAGAAAACAAAAAAUCACUACUUUAGAUUUGUUCAAUCACGUAUUAUUACCGUCAGUUGUGUAUUUUAGCUUUAAAUCGUAUUAGUUUUACAUGUUUUAUGCUAAAGAAUUGAAACUGCCAGCUCGUCAAUAGAAACCAAAGCCAAAACAAAGCACAUUUCCUAUGUUGUAAUACCUCUGAAUCUGUUCACGUACAUCACAUCACAUAUCCUCUGCAGGCAGCUUUCCUGUAUUGGAUACGUUGUUUCACACCAAAGUUUGCUUCCGUCAAAACUACAAGCUCAGCUUCUCCCAGAAAUUCCCAUCACCAGCUAUAGGAGUAAGCCUCCAACCCCGGGCUAAGCCUGGUAAAGCAUAAAAUAGCUGAUGGUGGCGCUUUGUUUUGUGUUUUGACUGUUUAAUUUGAUGGAGGCCUAUGCAUUCGCAGUCAGGCAGAACAUGCGGGAGGAAUUAGAAGGACACAUGAGGAAUGUAGGGGCUGAAUUCCUGAAGGGUAGAGAAGGCUUUGUUAAGGUCUUUACGCUUUUGAAAGAGUCAAACAACCUGAACAAUAUACUGACAUGGAGUCUGUAUAAUGUACUAGGUAUUAGGGUGUUUUCACGCCAAUAGUCAGUUUGCAAUGGUCUGAAUCAGUUAAUGAGCUUGUAAACUUGGUGCGUUUUUUUUUUCUUUUUGUUUUUCACACCAAGGAAAAGAAAAAAAAUCCAGCACACUUGAGGCUGUGUGUCACAACAGACUAAACCCUUAUCCACACAUACACUUCAGAAAAUAUCUGGAGAAUCAGGUCUUGACUUUGUACGAGUACAACAACAAACAACAAAAUGUUUAAAUCCACAAUAUUAGGGGUAGAAUGGAAAGGAUUAAGCAUUGCCGAGUAGCUAGCCAGCACACUCGGAGAAAAGCGCAGUGACUCAGUUCCGAUACAUCAGCUCACAGACGUCUUAUGCUGAUCAACAUCACCCUAGGAGUGAUGAAGGGAAAGAGUGCCAUCUAGCCCCCCAGAGAGAGCCAUGCUCUCUCAGUUGUGCUCUCUCAGGGCUCCGGCAGCUGAUGACAAGCUGCAUGACCAGGAUUCAAACCAGCGAUCUCCCGAUCACAAUUGGCAGCUCUUUAGAGCGCUGGACCACUCGGUGCCCUGAGAUGAUGUUUUGAAGAACUUUGACUCAUACCCACAAUAAAUUUUCUGGAACAUUCCCUGCUCUAUUCACACAUGCAUGAGCUCACUCAGACAUGAUCCUCAAAUUUUGUUAGGGAACUACCAGAAAGAGAUCUGGACGAUGUCCAAAGCAGUUAACACCAACAUUUGCGUUCACACAUGCCACCGCUCUAGAUAAAUCUAGAAAAGUUCUGGAUUUCAGUUGCUGUAUUGAAAGGGGGCUUAGGAUGCUGGCUCAAGAAUCACGAGUUCAAAUCACAAGUUCAUCACUUCUGUUAUGGUUUAGCUAGAACAGGCUUCUGUUGGCAUAUGUAUCAGAGCUGGGAAUGGUGCUGCCAUUGGCCUUAUGGUAGAUGGCUGCCUAGUGUUGCUGCAUUGGCGACAGUUUAAAAAAAAAGUGAGUGUCUGGCUUCACAUGUAUCUGAGGAGACAUUUGCUAGCCCUCACCCUCCUAGUGUUUGAAGCAUUACUUGUGAUAGUCCUAAUGCGUAAAUGGGUGGAUCAUUUGAUUCAACUAAACGUGUUUGAAAAAAUAUAUAUAGAAAAAUACAACAAACGUGAGAAUGUUCUCUCCUCCUAUUGGUCAGAUCUGUCUGGGGCAGGAGCAAGAAGGUAAAUACAGGAAAAAUGUCCUGUGCUCUGGACUAGGGCCUAUUUCUGUUCAGUUUAACACAGCAAUAAUAGAGAUGGGUCAAACUGAGGCCAGAUCACAUUCUCCUCAACUCAAACACACUUCUCCAGAGUUAGUUUGAAACCAGACUGAGAUCACUUCCUGUCAAGGGUCUCAGUGUGGUUGUGUUGGUCCACAUCCAAAUACAAUUACUGUAUUCACACCUGACCAAACAAAUUACACAUCCAAGUGCAUUUACUGUAUUCACACCUGUCCAAACUAAUUCUGAGUUCACAUAAACCAGAAUAAAAUGUGCUGGUGUGAAAACGCCCUUAGUAAUUAAAUUACUCAGUAUGAAUAUACAGUGUAAUGUGACUCUAAUGAAAAUUAAUAACUGGAAAGAAGAAUCUCUAUUUCAGUCAUUUUUGAGACACACUAGGUAAGGCAGCACUGGAAUAGAAGGCUCAGAGCAGGUUUUUUGGCACCGUUAGAACUGGUUUUGCAUGACCGAGUUUAUAGGAUCUUACAGUGGCUGUGGGUUUGUCAUGGCAAUAAUCGUUAAAGUGAUGGCAGGCUUGUGAAAUGGCACUAAUGAGGCGUCCGUCAGCGGAAAGGUAUGAGAACAGGCUCAGAGUAGCCGAGGAAUGUCGGAACUCUGCACGAAUCUCAGCUGACCUCUUGUCUUCAGAGGCAGCUACUGAUUCCCCAAACCCUCAAGAGAUGCUUUCAGUGUUGAACUAAUUUUUGUCUUUCAGACGCACUUCAAGAUCAUAUAUACAUAAAAAGUGGUGCACAAAAAAGUGCAGGCAUCCUUAGGUAAAAUCUCUGUUACUGUGAAUUAGGGGUGAGCGAUAUGACCCUAAUAAUAUAACAAUAUUUUAGGUUAUUUUUGUGAUAACGAUAUUGUUGGCAAUAUGGCAAAAUGUUGAAAAAUAUAUAUUUUUUACUUACUAAUUUCAAAAACUUAGUACUGCAACAUAUGUAGUACCAGUAGAUUAGUUUCAAACAUUCAGUAGAAACAAAACCAUUGUUAAGGUUUGCGCAUCAAAACAGUAUAUUUAGUGCAUGCAUAUGAAUGUCAAAAUAUACCCAUAAAACAUCACAGUAAAUUGCAAAACAAAUACAAAAUAGACUGCGUUCAAGGAAUAUUAUCUCAACAAAAUGUGUAGUUUCACAAAUUAUACAGAUAUUAUAUAGAAAUUAUGUAGACAUUGUGAACAAUAUGAACAACUAAAGUAAAUAAAA